CUAAAACUUUACGCAGAAAUCACAAUGAAAGCCAUUGCUUACGGUUUGGUGAUAUUCCUCAGCGUUUCGGUCGCACUGAUUUACGGCGACAGUCGCCAGUGGGGCCGCCGUGUGUCUGGAGAUCGCCGACUGGAUUACGCCGUUGUCGUCAACAAUUCACUGCCAGUGCCGGAGAAGAGCAGCAUCUAUCGUUAUCUCCCGUCGUCGGGUGCAUAUCGGGCACCGAACAUUACGGCCAUUUACGCACGGGACAAUGUGCCGGCUGGAAAGGGUGGAUAUGCAGCGAUCGUUUCCGGUGGACUUAACCAGGCGAACGUGACGCUCAAGCUGACCUCUCAGCCGUAUCAGCGGUUCAACUUCACGAUCGAGAUUUAUGGGAAGUGAGGUGCUACGUUA